AUGGUUCUCCAGCAGGAGGGCUUCUGUCGUGAAUGCAUGAUUGCACAUACUGGUACUACUACUGUGCAGAGAGAUGAUGUGGCAUUGCCAACCCCAUAUACACAAGCCGCUCAUCCAUCGUCGGUGUUGUUUGAUAGCAUUGACAUCCACGGCGUGCCACUUCAAUUUGCCGUUCGUAAAUUCAAACACAUUCGAAUGCUGCACGAUCACUUACAACGGGAAAUACACGGCUACGCCAUUUUGAAAGAUGCGAUCCGAAUGGCAAAACAACAACAACAGCAACGCCCGCCACUGGUCCUCGGUGUAGGAGCGAAUCACGGACUGUAUUCACUGUUUGCGGCGAAACUGGGGGCCGACGUCAUUGCCGUGGAACCCCAACAGAAUCUUUGCAAACUGAUAAACCGAGCGGCGCAAGAGAAUAACGUAGCCGACCGGAUCACGGUGUAUCACAAUGCGGCUCUAGAUGAACACGACGAGACGAUUAGCAUGAAGCAUGCCAAGAAAAUGGACGGACAGCUGGGCACUGUCGUACGAGAGGGAGAACGAACCAAUACAACACUACGAGUAGAACAACUGCACGCCUUUCGUAUCCAAGAUUUUGUGGCGGCAUCAUCAGAUGGUAGUAAUGGCAAACCACAACACGAUAUCGCGUUCCUCAAGAUUGAUGUGGAAGGAUUUGAACUACAGGCUGCCAAAGGUGCCGCACAACUGUUCACGGCCAAGAGGAUUCAAAACACGCUCGUCGAGUUUGGACCACCAAGUCGCUGGCAGAUCGAUGCUGGAGUUGGACCGGAACUGGGGUUGCACUUGUUACAAGACAUGUACGAGCAGUAUGACACGCAGCCGCGACUUAUCGAAUCAUUUGUAUGGCCAGACUUUUUGGCAAGCAUUAGCGACGAUGAUGCACGGUCACGGGCGGAACAGCAAAAGAUGGUGCCAUUGACAUCGCAUCAGGACUGGAAGGCACUGAUCCAAGCGAUGGAUCAUAGUGGAAAAGAAGCUUAUUUAUGGUUUGCUUUGGACGACAACAAGAAACAUUCACCUAACGAAUUCCAGACAUUCCAAUCAAAUUGCGGCACGGAUCACAAUGUCAAGCGCAUCAUGAUUGGGGAGGGAAGGAAAGUCACACGGUUUGGAUGUGCUGCAGCACGUGGAUGA